AUGGGGACGCCGCUGGCGGCUCCCGGAUUGCUGCUGCUGCUGCUGGCCGGCACCGCGGGGCUCUGCAGGGCACUGUUCUCCCUCCCGCUCCGCGUGUCCCACCCCGCCGCCCCCGCCGGGUCCCCGCCCGCCCCGGUGGUGCUGCGGCCGGCGAGCGGCAGCCGGCAGCAGGAUGCCCCGGGCGCCGCGGACGGCUUGGCCUUGGCCUCGGAUCCCGGCGGCACCCUCAACUUUUUAGCCAUGGUGGAGAACCUCCAGGGAGACUCCGGCCGCGGUUACUACCUGGAGAUGCUGAUCGGGACCCCGCCGCAGGCGUUAAAUAUUCUGGUUGACACUGGGAGCAGCAAUUUUGCUGUAGCAGGUGUGCCUGAUCCUGAUGUCACAUCCUACUUCAAUCCAGAGCUGUCAAGCACAUACAGAUCCCAAGGGAUUGAGGUGACAGUGAAGUACAGCCAAGGCAGCUGGACUGGAGUGCUGGGCACAGAUGUCAUCACCAUGCCCAAAGGACUCUAUGGCAGCUACACCAUCAACAUUGCCACCAUCCUGGAGUCAGAGAACUUCUUCCUGCCAGGGGUUAAGUGGCACGGGAUCCUGGGUCUUGCCUACGAUGCCUUAGCCAAGCCUUCCAGUUCUGUGGAGACAUUCUUUGAUUCCCUCGUGAGGCAGGCAAAGAUCCCCAACAUUUUCUCCCUGCAGAUGUGUGGUGCUGGACUCCCUGUUUCUGGAAGUGGUACCAACGGAGGUAGUCUUGUGCUGGGUGGAAUUGAGCCCAGCCUGUACACAGGGGACAUCUGGUACACACCCAUCAAGGAGGAGUGGUACUACCAGGUGGAAAUCCUCAAACUGGAGGUGGGGGGACAGAACCUCCAGCUGGACUGCAGAGAGUACAAUGCUGAUAAAGCCAUUGUAGACAGUGGAACCACUCUGCUUCGACUGCCAGAGAAAGUCUUCAGUGCUGUGGUGCAGGCGAUAGCUCGCACAUCGCUGAUACAAGAAUUCUCUUCUGAAUUCUGGACUGGUACACAGCUUGCAUGCUGGGAUAGAAGUGAAAAACCCUGGUCCUUAUUUCCCAAACUCUCCAUUUACCUGAGGGAUGAAAACUCCAGUAGGUCGUUUCGGAUCUCUAUCCUACCACAGCUUUACAUUCAACCCAUCCUUGUGAUAGGAGAUAAUUUGCAGUGCUACAGAUUUGGCAUCUCCUCCUCCACAAACGCUCUGGUCAUUGGUGCUACAGUCAUGGAGGGAUUUUAUGUCAUCUUUGACAGAGCCCAGAGGAGAGUGGGCUUUGCAGUGAGUCCCUGUGCAGAAGCUGACGGGGCGCCCGUCUCUGAGAUCGAGGGCCCUUUCACCACGGCAGACGUGGCCAGCAACUGCGUCUCCAGCGUUUCCUUCCACGAGCCCGUGCUCUGGAUCGCCUCCUACGCCCUGAUGAGCCUGUGUGGGAUCAUCCUGCUGGUGCUGGUCGUGCUGCUGCUCAUCCCACCCCGCUGCCAGCACCGCUACACCGACAACGACGUGGUCAACGACGAGUCCUCCCUCGUGCGCCACCGCUGGAAGUGAGAGGCUGGAUCCCCAAAACGGACUUAAAAACGGGACCAAGGACAAAGAGCUCUGCCAAGGGGAAGAAGCCAAUGCCUCCUCAGUCCCUUCUACGUUCCUAGAAAACGCUGUUGAAAUUCCCACCAAAUCCCCUGCAUCGUGACUUUUAUAGCUUUAUUUUCUAACACCGGUUCUGAACCAAAGCACUGUUAACCACCUCUGAAGUGCUACGGUACUGGAUUUGCUACUGCAGUACAAUGAGCCUUUAUGCUCUCUACAGUACCUUCUUUAAAAAAAAUAUGGAAAAAAGUUAAAAAAAAAAGAUAAAAAGCCACACCAUGAUGUUCUUCCAUUGUCUGAACAAAAUUGUCCAUCUCUCUUUCACAAAAAAAAAAAAAAAGGAGCUGUCAGUAUUUUCUAACUAAUCAAGCCCUGACUGUAGAAAAAGAGAAAAAAAAAUAAUCUUUCUUAUUAAUUGCAUUAAAUGAAUACUGCUUUCUGUUUACAUCA